CUGGACCCUGUCCCUACCCUCCAGCAUAUCUGCCUCUCCCCCCAGCUUAGUGUCAUCUGCGAACGCUAAGGAAAGGGGCCUGUGCCUUGACUAAAGGGGUUGCAGAUAACUGAGGCAUCCCUUCUCAGGCCGGGAGGUGCCCAUCUCCAACGGCUCUGGCUUUGUGGUGUCCCCGGAUGGCCUCAUCGUGACCAAUGCCCACGUGGUGGCGAAUCGGCGGCGGGUGCGGGUGAAGCUGGCUAGCGGAGAGCUCUACGAUGCCGUGGUCCGUCAGGUUGACCAGGUGGCAGAUAUUGCCACCAUCAAAAUCAACCCCAAGGUGUGUGGGGAGCCAGCAACCUCUGCCCACGCUACCUUUGGGCCGCUCCUCAGAGGUGCGUCAAGGUGAGUUUGUUGUGGCUAUGGGCAGCCCUUUUGCUCUGCAGAACACCAUCACCUCCGGCAUCGUCAGCUCUGCCCAGCGUGGCAGCCGGGAGCUGGGCCUGGCCGAUUCCAACAUGGAGUACAUCCAGACUGACGCCGCCAUAGAUUUCGGGAACUCAGGGGGUCCCCUCGUCAACCUGGACGGCGAGGUGAUUGGGGUGAACACAAUGAAGGUGACUUCGGGUAUCUCCUUCGCCAUCCCCUCGGACCGGCUGCGGGAAUUCUUGCAAAAGGAGGAGCAGCGCAAGAGCUCCUGGUUUGGCAGCACGGAGAUGAAGCGCCGCUACAUUGGGGUGAUGAUGCUAACGCUGACCCCCAGUAUCCUGGCUGAGCUGAAGCUGCGAGACUCCAGCUUCCCUGAUGUCUCGUACGGGGUCCUGAUCCACAAGGUGAUCAUUGGAUCCCCAGCCCAUCAGGCAGGCCUGAAGGCGGGUGACGUUGUGAAGGAGAUCAAUGGGCAGGCGGUGCGGCGUGCCGAGGACAUCUACGAGGCCGUGCGGACGCAGAACAGCCUGGCUCUGCUGGUGCGCCGUGGCCAUGACACGCUGCUGGUGAACGUCAGCCCUGAGGUCACAGAGUAGAGAGCUGCCCAGCUGGCAGGGGUGCCAUGGACUUGGCUUGAAGCACACGAGCCAAGCCCGAGGCUCAGGGUGACAGGCAGGAGGCCCUGUGCUGCCACAAGAGACUCAGGGCCUUUGCAAGAGCCUGAAAUGCCCCAGCCAGCGGGGCUGGUCCUGGAACUGGCGCAUUGGGGAGUGGCUGCUGUCUGCUUCCUUCAUCCCCAUUAAACCUCUCGUGGGGAACCGUCGGCCAUGGCCCUUGCUUCCCUCCUGAAGCUGAGGGAGUCGGCAUCCAGCGACAGCUAGGCAGGGCCACUCCUAGGCUGGGCAGCCCCCCGCCUGUGCAGGCUGGGGGCUCUCCUCUUGCAGUCAGUCAGAGCCAGACCGGGGCAGGUGACGGAGCUUUGCCCAGGGCAUCGUGGAGACGCAGCCCCCCCAGCAGCUCCAGCCUUGCACUGAGAAGGGCAGGCUAGGCUCUGGCCCCCCUCGGGGAUCACGGUGGGGUUUGUGGUCUGACUCCUGCUCACCCUCACAGCAUCUCCCUUCUGGGCUGCGGGGCUGGGGUCUGCCCCAGCACUGCCUGCAGCUGUUCCUGUUUCUGUGGGGACCGGGGGGAGUUCAUGCUCUGGGAUUGGCAGGCAGCGUUCUGCUCCAAUCACUUCCAGUCACUGCAUGAGCUCCAGGCCCCGGGGAGAGGGGCUGCGGUACUGGGUCUGAACCCAGCCCUGGCCUCUGCCAGGAGGGGGCGUGUGUGUCAGUCCUAGCCAGCAUCUUCCCCUGGGCCUAGGCCUGUCCCUCAGAGCCUCAUGCCCAGCUGCCUGAGCACUGGGCUCGGGAGUGCUCCCUUCCUGGCUCCUCACCCAGGGAGACCUGCCCUGCCACUCCCUGGGCAGGCUGCUGCCUCCCCAGGGCCGGCAGGGAGGGUGAUGCAGGCACUGCUGUGGCAGUGAGGGACUGGCCCCCUGGCCGUGCUCCCUUUAGCUAUGGGGCUGAGACUCCCUGCCUGCCCUAGUGAUGCCGCAGGGUUGCCUUGAUCUGAAUUCACUGGCUGGGGCGCAGGGGCCUGCUUGCCUCUCACUGCCCUGCUGUUGCUGAGCCAGGGGCUGGCUGGGCUGUUUGUUCCCUUCCCUGGGCCCUGCAUUCUGGGAACCAGCAGCUCCAUGCUGUCCCCCAAUUCCUGGAAUUCCCUGUGGCAGGGAAAUGCUGGUGGGAGAGUGCUGCUGCCAGCAGGAGCACAGCUGUAUGGCUGAGCCCUGGCUGUUUUAAUGUAUGAAAGGAGCUCAGUGCUGGGUGGGGAGGCAGCUCUGAACUACGGCUUCCCUCCCAGCCGGAGGGAAAACAGCCCAGCAUAGAGGCCUCCUUUCACAGCUGGCCCUGGCCCCUCCAGUGGAAUUUGUUCUGCACCAAGCCCCAGCUCGGGAGGAGGGGCGUGCGCUUGCAAUGGAAAGAGCUGUGUGGCAGCCAUGCCUGAGCUCUUUCCAGAGCCGGGAACCAGCACCUGCCCCCUCCCGGGCAGCUCCCCAUGUUGCCCUCACCUCUCCUGCAGGGCUGAUCUCUGCUAGUCCGGCCUGGCUUCUCCCUCAGUGGUGGCACCUGGGCUACCCCCCUCGGGCCCUGCCCUCCUAGCCCAACCCACUUGCCUCUGAUUCCUCCUGCCCCUGAGCUGGCACCUGCUGCUGCUUCUCAGGCUCCCUGCCCCGAUUGAGCCCCAUUGGGACAAGAGUGCCUCGUCCGGGGUGGAGGCUGCUGGUCCAUGCACAUCUGAGGCCCUGCCCAGGCGGCUGC